AUGCUUAAUAUAACGUGUUCGCCCAUUGUUACCGUUAGCUUUGUGAGGGUCCGGUUUUUCACCUCUACAGCCUUAAAGAAUCCUGCAGCAUGGUUCCCGUUGGCAAGAUCGAUGAAGAGAAAAAUUAUCGCACAUCUUGGCCCCACCAAUUCAGGAAAGACCCAUGCUGCAUUGCAGAGACUAAGAGAAUCUGGCGAACAAGGGGAAGGAGGAGUAUAUUGCGCGCCUCUGCGCCUAUUGGCAAUGGAGAUGUACGAUCGCCUUAAUGCAGAGGGACUUCGGUGCGGGCUUGCCACUGGAGAAGCAAUCCGCGGGCCAAAGUUGUGUACAACUUUUGAAAGGAAAACGGACGAUGAAAAUGCAACACUGAAUUCCGCAUCCAUCGAUGAUGGAGAGAAGACACGAGAUUUGGAGGUUAUGGAUAGUUUAAGGGUCUUGUUCGGGUAUGACUCCUCGACUCUUCGAAAGCGAAUUCAAGAUGCACCCUUUUUAUCGUGUACCAUGGCAGACUAUGGAACCCCCAUUGGAGUGGCCGUCAUUGAUGAGAUUCAAAUGAUGAGCGAUCCGGACCGUGGCUGGGCAUUCACACAUGCUCUUCUUGGAUUGCCUGCGAAAGAAAUCCACGUGUGUGGAGAGCCUGCUAUCCUUCCGUUGUUGAAGAGGAUAUCUCUUCUCUUGGAGGAGACAAUUGAGAUUCACACUCAUUAUAAGCGACUAGUUCCUUUGGAGGCAGAGUCUAAGCCUCUUGGAAGAAUCCAUGCAGGUGGUGGUCUCAUGACCAAUGUUUCUCAUUCUUGCGGAAGCCUUUCACUGCGAAAAGGGGAUUGUGUGAUCGCUUUUUCCCGGAGGUCAAUUUUUCUUACCAAAAAAGCUAUUGAGAUGCAGACAAAGCGCAAAGUAGCCGUCAUAUAUGGUACGCUUCCACUAGAAUCCCGCACCGUCCAAGCACGGCUCUUCAACGACCCCAACAGCGACUAUGAUGUACUUGUGGCGACCGAUGCGAUUGGAAUGGGAUUAAACUUGAAUAUCAAGCGGAUCAUUUUUUCUUCCCUGCUAAAAUGGGAUGGUGGAAAAAAGGCGAUGAUCCCUCAUCAGGCUAUUCGUCAAAUUUCAGGGCGGGCAGGCAGGUUUGGCUCAGUAUAUGACGAACGAGGACUUGUUACUGCGGAUCUGGUCAGAGUCCGGGAUUCUCUAAGCAGGGCGCAAGAGCCCAUGUCCUAUGUUUCUGCGUGCAUUUUUCCUCUGUGCUCCCAAAUCGAGCUCCUGUCCAGAGACCAUCCCACAAAGGGGUUUAACUUUCUUUUGGACAUUUUUGCCAACGAGUUCCAUAACAAAAGGUCUGCAUUUUUCCUUUCAAGCAUCGACUGCGCCAAGAAAUUGGCAAUUGCUACCGAUGGCAUUGGCCUCUCUUUGAGAGACAAAUACACUCUAAUAUGUUCGCCAGUCUCUCAUCAAAAUCCAGAAAUGAUGAAAAGUUUUGUGUUCUAUGCGUCACACAUUUCCUCUGGAAAGCCCUGCCCCAUGCAUGUAGACUUACCCAAAGAGGGGAAGCUUUGCAUGUCUUCCUCAAAUAUCUGGGACAGCUCUUUGCUUGACUAUGAAACCUUGCACAAGACACUGAAUCUUUAUCUUUGGCUCUCUAUCCGAUAUCCGGCUGUCUUUGUCCAGAGAAAGGAGGCGCUCGAGAUUUCGAAAAAAAUCGAAGAGCUGAUUAUGGACUCGCUUAUUUCAAUGUCAGAAAUUGCCAUUAGCUCAAGAUCCCAUCAAAAGCCGUCCAAAAGCCUGCUAAAAAGCACAAAGUCUGCAAAUUUUGGGUGA